CGACAGCUUCUUCGGCAACGCUAGUACCCACCGCUCCUCCACGCGACCUUAAACAACAAUAUCUUUUCAUGUCGCGGUUGCCGCGGUUACGUCCUCAUAUUUCGAUACUGAAAAGCGAUACCAUUGGCUAUCUACGCCUCUUAUAUGUUUACUCAGGGUAUUUACGCGAAAGGAAUAGUCCCACUGUCACUUCUCAACCCUGUACAAGAGGCUAUGUAUCUGGUUUCAGGUUCUGCCCACUUAGUUCUCUCUCGUGAACGAGCAUCAAGUUCUAUUCGCGAAUGCGGCCUUACGACGAAGAGCCACCGAUUCAGAGGUUGCAGGACGGUGUCGGUCCAUCCGGGGUUGCAGGCAGUUCAAGUUCCGGAGCAGGUCCCUCGACUCGGACACGGGAGGACAAGCGGUCGCAGGAUGUUGAGUACAGAGGAGAAAGAUCACCCAAUCAUCAAGAUCACAGACAUAAUAGAAGUUCCGGGAGACAUCGCUCAUCGCCGUAUACUCCCCCUUCCCAACACAACAACCCUAGGGGUCCCUCAAGGCGAGCAUUGCCGUGUUCAAAUUGCAGGUAGGUGUUUCCGUGUGUCUGCUUAUUCAGUUCUCAAGUGUUACAGGUAUCGAAAGAUAAAAUGCGACGGUGUUCGACCGGUAUGCGGUCCGUGUUUUCAAUAUUUCAAACCUUGCGAGUAUACCGAGGCUGGCCGCGAAAGAGCAAGGUGGAGGGCUCUUGGGAAUACCGUUUCCAGAGGUGCGGCUCAAUUGCGGCGGUACGAAAAUUCAAAUGCAGUCGUUAAUGACCACAACACUACAAAUUACGGGGAAUGUAGCCAAACUUAUAAUGGCUCACGUGUGUAUAAUAACCGCAGAUUUGAUAGGAGGUCGAAUAGUAGUGCGGUCGUUCAUGUGCAUGUGCAUGGAAGUAGCGAAUCUACAUCCUCUUCAUCGAGAAGCCCGACCUCAAGUUCGAGCACGCCCGCAACCCCUUCGUCACAAGGAACUGCUCUCAGCUCGACCCCUUUCGAUUCGGCCGUAAAAGCAGGAGGUGGGUUGACCCGAAGUCAAAGUUACACGUCUCUCUUACUGGAGUAUGGCCUUGGACAUCCACUUUGGAAACCCAUGCCAAGAUGCACCCCAGAGGGAGAGUAUAUUGUCAAUAUUGGGGACGUAGGAAUAAUCUCAGACGGACUUCCUUUCAAUGUACUUUUCAAUAUCACUCAACCUAUAGACAGCGUCGCCAACAAGGAUGGUAUACCAGAGGGCGUUCACCCGCCUUGUACUUUGCAUCCGCGGUGGUUAACUGUAAUCGACAAGUAUCAUCAAGAUGGCACGACAUUCGUUCGACCCAAGGAGUCUAUUUCAUUCCAGAGCGUACAAGAACUGGACGCGUACAGCGUACACACAUUCACCCUAACCAAUACACACGGUGCCCUCCUUAUGCUUCCUAAGGGUGGAACCUUGAAAAAUCUCGAACGAACGACAGAAUUCCUCGGGCGCAUACAAAAUCAUUGGCGCCAGUGGUAUGAGUUCGCGGAGAGACAAGGCGAUCUCGGGGGCAAUCAAACCUUGUACGUUGUCACAGGCGUUGAAUCAUGCCAGACGUGGGCCAUUGCAGCUUGGGAUCGCGCCCCAGGAGAUACCUCUGAGUCCCCGACUCUGAGGCUGGCAGUAAAUCAGUCUCUUGAGACUUGCUCAUGGGGCUACUCUACUGCACGCUGCGAGACGCAGUCCACGCCAAUCAGUGGCUCAUCAGAAAGUGGAGCUGUCCUCAAACAGACCGUCUUCGUUCGUGGCUUCUGGAUAAACAGGCUCGGAGGGCCGAUGAGGGGUAUUUUCCCGCCAUCUACGCAAUUAGGAGGUCCGGGCGGUGGACUGGAUGAUGAUAAUUCAAGUGGGGGCGAUGGAGGCUUCCAUGGGCAUCGUCUGUCUGGCCCUUCCUCCGUAUCCAGUACCAUCUUUCCUAGUUUCGGUUCAGGUCCAGCUUCUGGUGGGGGACCCUCCGAAGAUGCAGCUACCCAAACGAAUUCCGCAUCCGCAGGCCUUGUUCAUGGCCCCCUGGUUCAGAACCUCUUGGUUGACUGUCUAGCUCUUUCGGAAGAUACGGUUUACCCUCCUUGCGAAGUUAUCAACCGCUUCGCAGUUGAAGUUGUCUCUAGAAUCAAUGCGAAAGUACUGAAUACUGAAUACAUCGUUGUCUCGCAUGACAAUGACUGGAUUAGUGUCCUACAAGAGUCUGACGAUAGUUUCCCCAGCAAGGUCGAAGUUAUCAGACGGAUAUGUAAAACGUUCAAGUUUGUUGUGGAUAACGGCACAAUAUAUACAGAAGAGCUGAUGAAUGACGACCUUGAACUCGUUCAACAAAGCUCGGUAACUGAACAUAUUGUAAUACCCGUAUUGGUCGAAUUUCGAGAAGCAGACCUCACCACGGUCCAGCAAGAAGUAGAGCGAUCAGUGGCAAUGAUCUCGAGUCCCGUUCGCGCCCCGACUGACGUUCAUCAUGACGAGAAGGAAUUUCAUAAUCACCACGACGAGCAUCCACCACCUGCUCAACAGCCAUCCCCUGUCUAUACUCGCCCUUGCUCAUUCUGUCGAACACGGAAAAUACGAUGUAAUCUGGAGGUCGAGCUUGGUACCAGUUUAUGCGGACAAUGUUUCAGAAGAGGUGCCAAGAGGUGUGAUCUUUUGAGGGUCAACGCGGAGGGGAAAGACUCCGAUCCAGCUUCUACCAACAUGUUUUCCGAUUCCGACGAUGCGUUGAUUAGUGGACCAGAAAACUUACCUCCUCGAAACAGCAAAAGGGCCUUGCCGAUUCCGCGACGAUCUAGGAAACAAGGGAGACCUUCACCCAAGCCCAGGCUCAAAGGGGGGACAAUAGCGAAGGUUUCGAAAAGUGGAGUAGAGGGCUCGCCUCCUCCAGAGGAGCUCAUUGAUUUAGCUACUGCGCCCGUGGUCCAACCGUCUUCCUCCCAGAGUCAGCGACAUGUGUACCGUCGCGCUCGCACUCACUCGAUUACAUCCCCAUCACCGUCGUUCACGGCUCUACCUCAUCGUGUUGGUUCUUCACGCUCACCGAGUCCUUGUAUGAGUAGUUACUACUAAUCCCUUGGUUGAAUACAUGUAGAAUAUGGAUGCUUUCCGAACGGUAUUUGAACGCUCCUGAAUAUGUAUCUAGGUCAAAAUUGUACGGUUCAAACUGUCUGCUGUUCUUUAGCUCGUUCUGAUUCAAUGUCCUGUCUUUUUUGUUUCUGCA